GUCAAACACGGGGGUGGUCUCAUGUCCCCCAGCAACGUCAAGGCCGUCACAGCCUGCACUCUCUACAGCUUUUGCAGUGUCAGUAUGAUUCUGGUCAAUAAGAGUCUCGCCAGUAGGUACGUACCCAACGACGGAUGUGACUUGAACGUUCUCCUCGUUGUCUUUCAAGCCGUCACGGCGGUCGUGUGCGUCGAGAUCUGCCGCAAAGCCGGCUGGGUGGAAUACCCUCCCCUGACCUGGGCCGUGGCCAAGUCCUGGGCUCCCGUCAAUAUCUUUUUCUGUCUCAUGCUCUUCACCGGCAUGGCGUCGUUGCAAUUCAACUCUGUACCCAUGGUUACCGUCUUCAAGAACGUUACCAACAUCCUCACCACCGCCGGAGACUACGUUUGUUUCGGAGCACGGCCGGAAGGACUGGUUUACGUCGCCUUUGGGGUCAUGCUUUCGGGUGCCGUUGCCGCCGCCUGGAACGACGUGGAAAUCACUCUCGUUGGUCUCUUUUGGAUGGCCAUGAACUGCGUCGCCACCUGCGGAUACGUGCUCUACAUGAAAUUCGCUACCCAGUCCGUCAAAAUGUCCAAAUUCGGCAUGGUCUACGUGAAUAACGUACUCUGUAUCGUAUUUUUGUUGCCCGCCGCCUACGCGCUCGGACAAGUGGACAUGUUCUGGAACACACCGGAUUUGCACACGAUAGAUUACGGCAUUAAGAACUUUUGGGCCGGCUUUGUCGGAUUCUUUUUGAAUUUCGCCUCGCUCAACUGCGUCCAAACCACCGGACCCACCACGUACGCCAUUGUCGGAUCACUCAACAAGGUACCCGUUGCCAUGCUCGGGUUCUUUCUCUUUGACAACGUCAUUACUCCACAAACGUGGUUCUUUAUUGGUGUCAGUAUGUGCGGAGGAUUCCUCUACAGUUUUGCCAAGAUUUUCGGAGGCCGGCCGAAGGUAACGGCCCGUCAAGAUUCCGAGUAA